AUGCACACUAGCCAGAUAAGACCUUGUUACAUUGAAGAUGACAUGCUGGGGAUUAAGCCCCUCGAGCUACUUGUUCCUUUUGAGCUUAAGAAGAUAUCAUGCUUCACAAUUGAGCUAAUCAACGAUACACAUAGUUGCAUUGCCUUCAACAUCAAACCAUCAAACCCACCAUGGUACAGAGCACAGCCAGACAAAGGCAUUGUGCGACAACAAUGCAAGUAUGGUGUGAAGAUAACAGUGCCACCACAAGAUAUGCACCAUGCUGACAAGUUUAUCGUGAAGAGCAUGAAAGUGAGCGAGGGUCUCACAGAUGAGGAUAUCAUAGAACACACGUUCGAAGAGGCUGGUAAAAUUGCUGAUGAGGUGAAUUUGAUGGUUGUAUAUGAGCCUCACGAAAACUCCAAGAGUAGAGAAGAGACCAACAAGCCAGUUGAGGAAGUCCCCAAGGUGGAAAGGAGAAAGAUUGAUGUAUCUGCUUCCGGAAAGAGCAAACUUGGUAACGGUGGAAAUGCAGAGGCAGCUUCCAUGGUAAGCUUAGUCAAAUAA